AAAGCCAUACUUUAUUCAACGAAAAAAUUAUCUCUGCUUCUCUGUCCGUAAAGUGGGGUUUCUGGCGCUGGUCGCUGCACAGACUCUUCAAAUCUCCAUAUUCAGUUUUCUGCUUUCAGAGUUCAAAACAAAAACAGAUCACAAACGGAGUGAGAGAUACGAAUCCAUUCAUUAAUUCAUUCACUCAUUCACUCGUUAGCUCGUCAGAAGAAAUGUUCCCUCAAUUCGGAGCGACGGCGGAAUCACUGAGCAAGGCGUCCACGGCGGUGUUCCGGAUCGGCACCGAUGCUCACCUCUACGACGACCCCGAUGACGUCAACAUUGCCCCUCUUCUCGAAAGCAAGUUCGACUCCGAGAAAACCGAAGCCCUCAAGCGCUUACUCGCUCUCAUCGCUCAAGGCUUCGACGUCUCGAACUUCUUCCCUCAGGUUGUUAAAAAUGUUGCUUCUCAGUCAUUGGAAGUGAAGAAGCUCGUGUACUUGUACCUCCUUCAUUAUGCUGAAAAGCGUCCAAAUGAAGCAUUGCUAUCAAUUAAUUGUUUCCAGAAGGACCUGGGGGACACAAAUCCAUUGGUCCGCGCAUGGGCACUUCGUGCCAUGGCAGGAAUUCGCCUUCAUGUAAUUGCACCUCUUGUUCUUGUUGCGGUGGGAAAAUGUGCUAGAGAUCCUUCUGUCUAUGUUAGAAAAUGUGCAGCUAAUGCUCUUCCUAAGCUUCAUGAUUUGCGGAUGGAGGAACAUACUUCUGCAAUUGAAGAGAUUGUUGGAAUGUUGUUAAAUGACAAUUCCCCUGGAGUUGUUGGAGCUGCUGCUUCUGCAUUUGCUUCUGUCUGUCCGAACAAUUUUGCAUUGAUUGGAAGAAACUACAAAAAGUUGUGUGAAAUCCUUCCUGAUGUGGAAGAAUGGGGUCAAAUAAUUCUAAUUGGGAUCCUUCUGCGGUAUGUGAUAGCUAGUUAUGGGCUUGUCAAAGAAUCUAUCAUGUUUUCUUUGUAUGGUAAAGAUGAUAAUUUGGAGGUAGAUGAACAAGAUUUUAUUUUAAAAGAAGAUACUGGUUAUGCCUCUGAGAAGACUUUAUCUGAAUUAGCAAAUAUGAUCUUGCAAUGUUACAUUGAAGGACCAGAUGAGUACUUAUCACGGUCAAGUUCUGCAAAUAUGGUUCCUCCUAAAUUAGAUGUAUCACAGUUUACAUCUUGCAGUAAUGAUAUUGGAAUUGUUAAACCACUCUUGUUUCUAAUGAGAUCAUCAUAUGCCUCCAGAUAUGUGGUAUUAUGCAAUAUUCAAGUGUUUGUUAAAGCCAUGCCAUCUCUCUUUGCUCCACACUAUGAAGACUUCUUCGUAUGUUCUUCAGAUUCCUAUCAGAUAAAAGCGCUUAAGCUGGAAAUACUUUCUUCUGUAGCUGUGGAGUCAUCUGUUUCAUUUAUUCUUAAAGAAUUUCAGGAUUAUAUUAGAGAUCCAGAUAGGAAAUUUGCUGCUGACACAGUUGCUGCCAUUGGGUUAUGUGCUCAGAAACUCCCAAAAAUGGCAACUACAUGUGUAGAAGGGUUGUUGACUCUAAUUAGACAGGAAUACUUUUGCGGGGAAAUUAGAUCCAUGGAUGGAGAAGAUGGUGUGCUAAUUCAGGCAAUAAUAUCCAUCAAAUCAAUCAUAAAAUUAGACCCACCCAGUUAUGAGAAGGUCAUAAUUCAAUUGGUCCGUAGUUUAGAUGCAAUCAAGAUUCCUUCUGCCCGUGCAAUGAUUAUUUGGCUGGUGGGGGAGUAUUGCUCUUUGGGUGAGAUAAUUCCAAGAAUGGUGAGCACAGUACUCAAGUAUCUUGCUCGGUGUUUUACUUCAGAAGCACUGGAAACGAAGCUUCAGAUUCUUAAUACAACUGCAAAGGUCCUGAUUUGUAAUACUGGAGAAGAUAUUUGGACCCUGCAAAAAGUUUGGAGCUAUGUAAUUGAAUUGGCUGAGUGCGACAUGAAUUAUGACGUCCGUGAUCGAUCACGUUUCUUGAAGAAACUUUUCUCAUGCAAUGUGGAUUCACAAAAUCAUGUUGAAGAACAAAAUAGUGAAUCACAAAAAAGAGAUCAGUCAUAUGUAUUUGCGGAAUGCAUAUUUGGUAGACAGACAACAGCUGUGACUGUGCCAACUGAACCCAUCAAUGAUCGAUUUUAUCUUCCGGGAUCUCUGUCACAGUUAGUAUUCCAUGCAGCUCCAGGUUAUGAGCCUCUCCCCAAACCUUGUAGUCUUCCAUACAUUGAUUUUGAUCAGAAUGAUGGAACUGCUAACAGCGAUUCAGAUGAAGAUGGUGAUCCUAGUACAUCUGGAUCUGUGGAUGAGGGAAGUGCUUCAGAUUAUAGUUCUGAACAGUCGGUUACUGCUUCAAGUGAAGCUGAUGGCAGUGAUGAAAUUGAUUCUGGAAAUGAAGGCAACAACAAUGUUGAUCCUUUGAUUCAGAUUUCAGACACGGGUAAUGUAUCUGAAGAACAAAAUGGUGGGGUUCACUCCAGAUUUGGGGACUUGAUGUCCACAAAGUCUCUUGAAUCUUGGUUGGACGAGCCAGCCAAGUCAUCUAAAGAAAAUGAAACAAAUCAAAGCCGAGCCCGUAGAUCUUCAGCCAGAAUAACAAUUGGAAAUAUUAGAAGCCGAAUUAAACCCAAAUACUACACGCUCUUAGAUCCAGCAAAUGGAAAUGGGUUAAAAGUUAAUUAUUCAUUUUCAACUGAGACUUCUAGUGUAUCCUCUCAUCUUGUCUCCCUAGAAGUAUUCUUUGAGAAUUGUUCUUCAGAGGCCAUGUCUGAUAUAGUCUUAAUAGAUGAGAGUUCUAACAGAAGCUCAGAUUCUAGUACAAACCAGACGCCAUCUACAACAGAAAAUACUAUGAAAAUCCAUACUGAAAAUCCAGCUAUGGUUUCCAUGGAGGACAUCCCUUCUUUGGAGCCUGGUCAGACAGAAAACCGCACUCUGCUAGUUCGCUUUCAUCACCAUCUUUUGCCUCUAAAACUGGCUUUAUUUUGCAAUGACACAAAAUUCCCUGUUAAGUUAAAGCCCGACAUUGGGUACUUUGUAAAACCACUUCCAAUCAGCAUUGAAGCUUUCAGGGAUAAGGAAUCCCACCUUCCAGGGAUGUUUGAAUACAUAAGGAGUUGUACCUUCACUGAUCACCUUGUAGAGUUGAACAAGGGCAGCAACUCUCUGACAGAGGACAAAUUUCUUGUGAUCUGUGAAGCCUUGGCACUAAAGAUGAUGAGCAAUGCAAAUCUUUCUCUUGUAUCUGUAGAUAUGCCUGUUGCUUCCAACCUUGAUGAUGCAUCUGGUUUGUGCCUGCGUUUCAGCAGUGAGAUCUUGAGCAAUUCCAUGCCAUGCUUAAUUACAGUCACUGUUGAAGGUAAAUGCUCUGAUCCAUUGACAGUUUCUGUAAAAGUCAAUUGUGAAGAGACUGUAUUUGGCUUAAAUUUCUUAAAUAGGGUUGUCAAUUUCUUAGCUGAGCCAUCUGUUACCCGCUCAUAAGUCAAAUAUCUGAUGGGAAAUUCACAAAUAUUGAUCUGUGGAAAGUACUUAGGGAAACCUGAGGAAUAUGACUACUCGUGUGGGGUUUUUUUGUCUUUGGUGAGUUAUUUCGCUUUUGGGGAUCGGAGUGGUUGUAAUUUAACAUUGUAUUGUUAGUCUUUUACUUUAUACAGAAUUUGAUGUCUUAUUCUUAAAUUCUUUCUAGUGCUUC